AUGAGUGAUGAGCGUGUGAGGCGACCAGGCGCAAGGGAGCGGCCACCGCCCGAGCUCACCGCUGCUGCCAGCGCGUUGCUGUUGUCAUUACCUAAUCACGAGUCUGCACCACUCUGCACGCACAACGCCAGACGGCCACGGCUCUGCAACGGCUUCUUCUGGUGCACUGCUAGGCGCAUCUUCGGCGAGCAGCCUGUCCAGAGUUGGUACCCCCAAGCCCUCGCACGCGCCCGUGAGACAAGCAGUGCUCCUCCGCAAAUCAGCGCGAGUCGCCAAACCUCACCACCACAAAAUCUCGUGACUGAAUCUUGCUGCGGCCUGAACAUCGGUAAGUGCAUCCUCGGUAUCUGUCCCUCACCGCGCAUGCUGCCCCGUAAACCCAAUGCCUCGCCGCCCGUUGCUUUUUGUCGCGCGACGGCUCGACCCAGCGUGCCGCCCAGGGCUCUGUAUCCCGUCGCGCCCUCCUCGCAGACCAUGUUCUCUUGCUUACGCUCCCGCACUAGCCAAGGGAACACACGGCUCCUCGAGCACAUAGGCCUUGUAUCGCGCAAUAACCAGCUGCGUGGACUGCUUCGCUGUCGCCAGACAGCACUACCGCCUGCCAGCCAGCGUCACCGCGACGCCGCUGCAGUAAUCGACACACGGCGCGCAAUUGCGACGUGGACCGUCCGCCCGCUGAUUGAACCCGUGCAGACAAUUGCCUGCUUCAUUCCUAACUGGUACGCUCCUGCAACGGCCCCCUCUCCACCUCUCAGACGCGUCUCUCCUCUGCUGGCCCACUCUAUUCUCCCGUGCAAGCGCACCGCCCCACGGUCUAACCCUCUGCACCCAACCGCCUCGAUUGCGCCUCACGACCAGGCCAAGCCUUCGACCCUUCAGGCUACAGCUUUCGACCAGUCGUUGCGCCUCUCGUCAAGUCGCGUCCCUGCACGCCUGUCCUCGACUCAUUCACGAGUUUCAUACUCCCUCGUCGCAAUCACCCCGCCCGCGCGAAACUUGGAAACGAAGAUCGUCGAGCGCAUUUCGGAGCCUCCCACGAGGACCGCCACAGCAUCUCGGGUUCGUGUUCGCCAGUGGCGCAUCGGGAUAUUACGUGCCAUAACGCCGCCUACGGUCGCGUACAUCAAGGCCGCCGUUUCCCACCAUGGGCACGCACCUGGGCACCUGCAGAGCUAUGGAGGCGCGCAGAAUCCUGCCGCAGGAAACCCAUCCAUCACCUCCCCCACACAGCAGAUGCAUUCGUAUCAACAGACCUCGCCCAUACUCCCUUCGCAGGGAUACGGCCAGCCUGGCGCGCAAAGCCAACAGCAUCACCCGCAGAUGAGCUACGCCCAACAAGGGUACAUGCAGCCUGGCAUGCAUCAGCAAUACGGCAUAUCGCCGACACAAGCGGCUGCUAUGGCGACGGCAGCUGCUGCAGGUCCCGCUGGAUACUAUGACCAGACCUCCAUCCAAGGCCAGCUCACGCAAGACCCGAGGGCAUCUCCGCGCAUGUCAGGGCCAAUGAAGCCUGACGGACGCGUAGCCCCGCGAUCACCCACUGCUGUAUCGAAUGCCAUGAACGGAGCUCUGCCAUCUCAGGCCCAGAUGACCCCUGGGCAGGUAAUGCAACAGCGCCGGAUGAGCACACAGAUCAGCAGCCCCGCCAUGCAACAUCCACAGCCUGUAAUGAGCCAUGCAGGUCCCCGGCCAUCCAUCUCGGUGCCCCCUCAGAUGUCUCAACCACAGCAGCACCAGCAAUCACCCGAGCUCGUGUCCGGAGCGCAGGCGGAGGAAGCACCACUGUAUGUAAAUGCCAAGCAGUUCCAUCGGAUCUUGAAGAGACGCCUGGCACGACAGAAGCUGGAGGAUGCACUGCGCCUCACUUCCAAGGGACGCAAGCCCUACCUGCACGAAUCCAGGCAUAACCAUGCCAUGCGUCGCCCACGUGGUCCUGGUGGUCGAUUCUUGACCGCUGAGGAGGUGGCGGCAAUGGACGCGCAAAAGGGUGACGGCGAAGAGGGUAACAAGGAGAACAGCUCUCUCCCUGUGAAGGCACCGAAGUCGUCGGGACCCAAGCGCAAGGCAUCCGCUACACUGCUCAAGGGAAAGCCAACCAGCAAGAAGAGCAAAGCUACACAGCGACAUGCUGCUAGCGAGGAAGAUGAGGAUGAGGAUGACGACGAUCCCGAGGAUGACGAUUGA